AUCAUACCUCCCCAUGGGCGUGGCGAAACCCGGGGUUAACUACACCGCACGUCCAACCGAGCUCCCUAGUUCUCUUAUUCCAGAUUCAGUCUACUCUUCAUCCGCAGUCAUCAUCUACUUCUCCCUUUCCAUCAAAGCUAAGUUCUGGACACGAGCAAUCGACAUGGCGCAAACCAACGGCGUCAACGGCGCACAUGAAGCCGCUAAGCCUGACUACGAUGUGAUUGUCGUCGGCGCUGGCUUCUCCGGCAUUCGAAUCAUCUACGAGCUGAGGAGAUUGGGUCUCUCCUACAAAGUCAUCGAAGCGGGCACGGGUGUCGGUGGGACAUGGUAUUGGAAUCGUUACCCCGGCGCGCGAACCGACUCCGAGAGCUGGAUCUACAUCCUCAACUUCUCCAAGGAGAUCAACCAGGAAUGGACGUGGAAGGAGCGCUUCCCGCGCCAACCAGAGGUGCUGGAAUACCUCAACUUCGUCGCCGAUAAAUUCGACAUGAAGAAGGACAUCCAGUUCAACACUCGCGUCACAUCGGCGCAUUGGGAUGAUGCGAAGACCCUUUGGAACUUUGAGACCGAUGCUGGAGAGAAGCUCAACAGCAGAUGGUUCAUCUCAGCGACGGGUAUUCUGAGUGUCGGUCGCGAACUCCCCUUCCCGGGCGUCGAGAACUUCAAGGGCGAGUACUACAAAUCGUUUGCCUGGCCCAAGAAAGAAGUAGAUUUCAGGGGCAAGCGAGUCGGCGUUAUUGGGACAGGAGCGACGGCGGUGCAGCUGAUUCCAAUGAUCUCACAAGAAGCCAAAUCUUUGACCGUCUUCCAACGCACGGCGAACCAUGUCCUGCCCGCGCGUAACCAUCCCCUCACCGCCGAGCAGCAGAGAGACAUCAAGGCGCGCUACGACGAAGUGUGGCAGGGUGCGAGGAGCGAGAUCUUCGGCAUGUCUUUUAUCGACUCCCAAUUGAAGAUGAUGGAGAUCGAAGACGAGCGCAAGAUUCGCCGGGUAUUGGAAAAUGGGUGGGAAAUAGGCGGAUUCAGGUACAUCUUCGAGACGUUCGCAGACCUACUUACUAGCCAAAAGGCGAACGACAUCGCCUCGGAUUUUGUCCGCGAGAAAAUUCGCUCGAUUGUGGCAGACGAAGACACCGCCGAACUGCUGUGUCCCACCCACGCAUUGAUGGCGAAGAGACCUCCGCUCGGCCAUCACUAUUACGAACAGUUCAACAAGCCUCACGUCACCUUGGUCGAUGUGAUGAAGAACCCCGUCAAGGAGAUCACCGAAAAGGGAAUUCGGCUCACCGAAAAGGACCAACGAGCUGACAGUGAUGAGUUUGAAUUUGAUAUCAUCAUAUUCGCUUGUGGAUUCGACGCCGCCACCAGUGCCUUGGCAAAUAUGGACGUUCGCGGCCUGAACAAUCGAUCUCUCGGAGAAGAGUGGAAGACCCAGCUCGAGACGUACCUUGGGAUCUCCAUGGAAGGUUAUCCCAACCUCCUCAUGUUGUCCGCGCCACAAUCGCCAUUCGCAAAUUUGCCCAUCGUCCUCGAUAAUACGGCGACGUGGAUCUACACCGCGCUGAAGUUUGCGCAAGACCAUGGACACACGAGAAUGGAGCCGACGAAAGAGGCCGUCGACAAGUGGUGUAAAAUGCUUACCGAUGUGUAUGAAGGUACUGUCUUGCCUGAAGCGGCAACGAAGGCCGGAUCAUGGUACAUCGGAGCCAACGUUCCCGGAAAGCGAGUCGCUCCCCUAUUCUGGUUUGGCGGCGUGGUGAGUUACUUUGAAAUUUGUGACAAUGAGAUCAAGAAUGAAUUCCCCUCGAUGAUUAUGGCUUGAGUAUGUAUGAGAUGACAGCGGGAUGGAUGACGGAGUUUGCGAUUCAGAUAUGGGCUUU